UUCUUGCAGCCAAGAUGGCUCGGGAUAUGUCAGAUAAGGAAAUCCUGAAAAUGGAGCUGGAACAAUUGAAGAAGGAAGUUAGUACAGCCAGGACACCAGUGAGUGCAAACUGCGCAGACACGAUCACUUUCGUUGAAGGACUGCUACCGAAUGACCCGCUGAUUAAGGGAGUUCCAGAUGACAAGAACCCCUACAAGGGAGACAAGGGAGGCUGCAUAAUAACAUAGCACACGUACAUCCAGGGGAAAGUCAUGCGUUUUUUUUUUUAAUGGGAGCUUGUGACAUUGCUGUAAUAUUCCUGUAGAAAUUCUAAUAGAUAAAAUGUACAGUAGAAAGAAAACUCAGAUCUGUAAUGUUACUGCGACCAGGACAGAGACCCUUUUCCAUCACUGGA